AUGAAAGUAGAAACUUUAGUUAUGAAAAUAAUACAAGCUGUUGAAACAGAUUCCCCAACUGUAAUAACUUUCAACGGUGGAUUUAUAUUUUCCCUACCUUUAAUAUUUGCUGGUAUUACCGCGGCGGCUACAGUGGUCGGUGCUACAGCUGCUGGAGUCAAAACUUCCAACGCAAAGAAAGCCGAUGUUGCAAAAGCUGCUGCUACAAAAGCUGCCGAAGAAAAGAAAGCAGCCGAAGAACAUAGACACAAUUUAGCAUUGGAAAAGUUGGCAGCAGAGGUUAAAAAACCUAAAACGGAAAAGAAAGGUUCAGGAGUGGGAGAUAUGAUAGGCACAAUGAAAGAAUGUGGAAAAAGAUUUAGUGAAGAAACCAAGAAAACUGUUAAACAAGGAUUAAAUAAAUUAUUAGAUAGUAUUGACACAGGCGAAAUCAAAGUCAAACAUAAGGUUCCAGAGCAAUCGUAUUAUCAAUUUCUCAAAGCUUUAGAAUAUCUACCAAAGAAAGAUGUUCAAGACCUAUUUCAAUAUUACGAAGGAGAAGUGGAUAUAAAAGAUAUCAUAGAUAACUACAUCGAAGGAAAGAAACCAACGGAUAUAAAAGUUUUUCUUACGAAAAAUGUUAAUGAUCUAGACUUGUCUAAUAUUGAUAGCAAACGAAAGAACUUAAUAUUGUUUGACGACUGCGUAGCGCAAAGAAAUCAAGCUGUUCAACAAGAAUUCUUCACGAAGGGAAGACAUCGCAACUGUCACUGCAUAUACCAAUCUCAAUCUUUUUACGGGAUGGAUUCUAUGUUCAUUAGAAAAAACGCAAAUUGUUUUUUAUUAUUUGAAUUAAACGAUAAAGAUUUAUCUCAAAUCAUUCAGUCGAUAAAUCACGGAAUGGACAGAGAUGCAUUUAAAAAGGUUUGUAAAGCUAAUGGAAAAACCCAGAUGAACAUGGAUAUGUAUUUGUAA